GUCAGACUCAUCCUGAGCCAUGCCUUCUGCUGUGACGACUGUCCUCCUGAUGGGGGCGCUGGUGGUCGCGUCGGCCUUUGCUUACGACACUGAAGGGGUGAAAGCUAUGUGUGCCGACAUCGAGCUGGAACAAUGUGGUAGUGAGUCGUGUGGGUUUUACCGCCUGAAUGAAAACAGCUGUGUCAAGAUAUUAACCAUGCAAAUGGAUUUCGUCAGCGCGCAGAUGGAGUGUGAAGGUUUAAGCGGUGAAUUGGUAAAAGUGCAAAAUGAGGAGGAGUACAAGAAGCUGCUGUGUAUGAUGUUACGGGUGUUCCCGCGGCGACUCCACUACUGGAUCGGUGCUGUAAGAAGAGAAGAUGGUGAUUUCUACUGGUUUGAUGGAAGCGGGCCAGUGAAGUUUGCUCCAUGGCGUGAAUUUCAGCCCGACAACUAUGACGGCGAAGAGGACUGCGUGUGGAUGAUCUCUGGCACCUGGGGUCCAUGGAACGACGGCGCGUGUUAUGAGGCGAGUUCUGUGGCGUGUCAGAUCGCAAUGUGAUGGUUUGCUUCUCAGAGAGUCGACAAGAGCAGCCGCUCGGUUUGUCUACUCGUGGGCACAAACACGGG